ACAGCCACUUCACUGGAAGCAGAAGCACACUGCAGUUGGCCAGUGAGGAAAGAUUUUGAAUUUCUCUCUGAUUUGAGUGAUCCACGGAGGAGCACACCUUAAUAUUGGGGCUAUGUAUUUGACGACUUGCUUAUAGCUUUUUAAUUGUGUCACUGUGGCAGGAAAAUCCAGCUGUCCUAAUGUCCAGAGUUACUAAUCUGUCAAAACUGCGGCAAGAGAGGAUGAAGGAGAUCAGUCUACGGAAUAAAGAACGAGAGCGCAUGAGGGAGCGAGAGAAAGCAGCAAGGGAGAGGGAAGAACGUUACAGCAAUGGUCACCUGUUUACUUCACUGACAGUGUCAGGAACCACACUUUGCACAGCAUGUAACAGGAGUAUAACUGCCAAGGAGGCACUCAGCUGCCCUACAUGCAGUGUCACUAUCCAUAACCGCUGUCGGGAUACUCUACCACACUGUGCCAAAAUGAAACAACGGCAGAAGACAGUCCUGAUGCGGAAUAACUCAGCUUUGCACAAUGUCACACUGCGCUCAAAGAAUCCAGGAAUGCCUGAACGUCCAACUUCAGCUAUUUACCCUUCGGACAGCUUUCGACAAACCCUGCUGGGAUCUCGACGUGGUCGCUCCAGUCUAUCACUGUCCAAAAGUGUCUCCACCAACAACAUUGUAGGCAAUCUGAAUGAUGACUCUCCGCUGGGGCUGCGCAGGAUCCUCUCCCAGUCAACAGACUCUCUAAGCUUCAGGGCCAGAGCUUUGUCAGUGGAGUCUCUCAAUGAUGACGGGGACCUGUACUACACUUCAAUAAUGGAGGCGCUAGACCUUCAGGGCCAGGACUUUAAGGCUGACUCAUGGAGUAUGGCAGUGGACAGCAGUUAUUUACACACACAUCGCAAAAAUGACAUCAAGCGACAGGAUGUCAUUUAUGAGUUGAUUCAAACAGAGUUGCACCACAUGCGAACACUGUAUAUCAUGGAAAGGGUGUUUCGCCAGGGAAUGCUGGAUGAGCUUCAGGUGGAUCCCAGCACUGUGCAUGCCAUGUUCCCUUGCUUGAAUCAUCUGAUUAGGAUACAUUCUCAUUUUCUUGCACAACUUCUCCGACGCCACAAAAGCAGCCUGCAGCCUGGGUCGUCCCAUAACUACUACAUUCACCACCUGGGGGACAUACUACUAGAGCAGUUCUCAGGCCAAUGUGCAGAUGACCUGCAAAAAUCCUAUGCUGAGUUUUGCAGCCGCCACCUGAAGGCUCUCAAAUUGUACAAGGAACUGCUGGCCAGAGACAAGAGGUUCCAGUGCUUUAUACGGCGGGUAAGCCGAGGACCCUUACUGCGAUGCCACGGUGUGCAGGAGUGCAUCUUGUUGGUGACUCAACGCAUCUCCAAGUAUCCUGUCCUAAUCCAGCGAAUUCUGGAAAACACCACUGAGGAUGAGGAAGAAGCCUCUUCUCUUGCCCAGUCCCUCACAAUGGUCAGGGAACUUCUAAGUUCAAUAGACCAGCAGAUGGAGGAUUUGGAGAAAAUGCAGCGGCUACAAGAAAUCCAGUGCAAGUUGGACCCUCGGGCAGAGGCUAGAGUAAGAGAUGGUGGACUUUUUAAACCCAUAGAAUUACUCCGCCGGAGACUUGUGCAUGAAGGAACCCUUCUAUGGAAAACCCCAGGAUCCCGACUCAAAGAUAUACAGGUCUUAUUGAUGACAGACAUCCUGGUGUUUCUACAGGAGAAAGACCAGAAGUAUAUCUUUCCAAGUAUGGAAAAACCCCCAGUAGUGUCCCUUCAGAACCUCAUAAUAAGGGACAUAGCAAAUCAGGAACGAGGUAUGUUCCUCAUCAGUGACUCCUCUCCUCCUGAGAUGUAUGAGUUUCAUGCUGCCUCCAAAGAAGAUAAGAAUAUUUGGAUACGUCACAUCCAGUUCACCGUCAGCAAGUUACUAUUUAGGUGUCCUUCAAGAGAGGAGUUCCCCCUCAUAGAGACUGAAUACAAGGCCCACCUGAGAAGACUUAAAGCUGACCUAAAGCAGAAGGACCGGGAGAUCUUGGAGCUUCUGCAGGAAAGGGUCUCUCUUUUUUGUGAGCUGGCAGAGGCGACAAGUGGCCAAGAGAGCCUACAGCCCCCCGUCACUCGAUACCUGUUCAGGGCAGAUACACCCCAAGCCCCUCGUGCAGAGAAACUCCUACUGGAUGCCACAGCAGAGGUGGAUAGGUUGAGUGAGCUCCUUCUGGGUUCAAGUGUGGACAUCCCGCUUCAGUGUCAUCAUAAAAACACAGACAUGUUGGAAACCAGUAGUAAGGAUAUGUUCAUAAAUGGAGCCCGUGAUUUGUGCACCGCAAAGGACAUCUAUCAGAGGCUGGUAAAUCUCAAUGUUUACCUUCACGCACUCCAGGGUGCUGUCAUCAAACAAGACACCAUCCUAGAGUUGCUGCUACAGGAAACAAUGAUGCCAGCUACAAGUGGAGCAUGGCGUCGUCUCUGGUGUGAUGGUGGAAAUCGGGAGGCUAUUGUGGGCUCAACCAUAGGUGAGCUGGCUCUUUUGCAGAGACAACACAGCCUGCUGCAGGAGGAACUGCUAAGGCUGCGGGAUGCCGAGAGCCGGUUCAAGGACAGUGAGAAGGCCCGGGCCAAGCUGGAGAAGCAAGUCCGACACAUGAAGAUUGCAUCUGUGGAACCAGGAAGGGGGAUCUUAACAGGAGAUGACGGGAGCGAGAAGCCAUUCCACUUAUCACAUGGCUUUCAGGGUGGCAGUGAUGUUGAGGUGGACACGUCAGAUGACGAUGGUUCAAUAUCAGAAAGCUCCAAAGAUGUUCAAGAUAUUCCAGGGGAGAUUUGAUUCUUGUAAUGUUUUUCUUUGCCAAAGAGCUUAUAUCUAAGAUGUUUUUUUAAAUGCAUUGACUGCAGCAGUGUUGUUGUCUGUUGUAAUACGCACCAGUACACAUAUAUCUUCUGAAAGUUUAUUCAUCCAUCUGCUUUGUAUUGCAAUUGAUUGCAGUUGUUUUUAGCUUUUACACUAUGUGCGUGCGUGCGUGUGUGCAUGUGUGUGUGUGUUAGUGCUGGGCACCAAUUAAAAUCCUUAAUCGAGUUAACUGCAUGAGUUUUCUGAAAUUAAUCGCGAUUAACACAUUAAUAUGAAGCGCAUUCAGUAGUAGCUAAACACUUAGCUAUGGCAUUUUUUAGCUUGUCUUGCUUUUGUUUAAACUUCUCCCACAGACUACAUCCAAUGUAGUCUGCCAAAGUUUCCCUGCGCUGUUUGUUUAUGUGGGUAAUUUGCUGGCAUCAACGGUGUGUAUUGCAUGUAAGUGAUACUUUAGACUCAAAGUACUACGGUGAUUCAUCUGAUUCAGAUUUCUCUUGGAUGACUUGGGUCUAUAAACCUGCCAUUAGGAAGAGAUUUUAAUUGAUAAUGUCCACGUAGGACACUCUAUUUGGUUCUAGUUCAAUGAGUGCUGCAGUGGCAAGUCUUUCUCGUUAACAAAGUCUUGCUCCUUAAUAAAGUCUUGCCUUAACAAGCAAUUAACACAUUAUUUUGCCCAGCCCUAAUACUGUAUAUAUAUACUUACAUCUAUGAAUCUAUAACUGGAAGGAUGGCUUCUGGAUUCUUAGAGCUUCUAUUGUCUUCAGCUAAUUUGCAUAUGAAAUACAUGUAUUGUAUGCACAUUCUGGAAGUGGAACUGGAUGUAUGACACUACUGUAGCUGCUUUCUAAUCUUCUACUUAGUGAAAUUUCCAUGCUGUCAUGUAAUGUCAGAAUCAUGUACAAAUUCAUAUAAAAAUACAGUUGUUCAAAGAAUGUUUUUUUUUUCUUUAAGUACACUAAACUAAACUCUUUUUGUUGACCCCAUUUCUUGUGAACUAAACUGAGGUACACAAAGGGUCUAUGAUUUCAGCUUCCAUGACUUGUAUACAGUUCCUUGCAACAUGGAGCCAUGCAUUAUCAUGCUGGUGAUAGUCGUGGAUGAAUGGUUUAUCAGUGGGUCUCAGGAUCUCGUCACGGUAUAUCUGUGCAUUCAAACUGCCAUCAAUAAAAUGCUUCUGUGUUCCCCUGUCCAUUCCAUACCCCACUACUACCAUACUGUAGGCCACUCAAUCCACAAAGUUGACAGGAAACCUCAAAAAAAAAAAAAAAAAAGCCUCAAAACUACAGAUUUUAGAGUGGAUUUUUGUGGCCAGUCUGUGUAAUAAUAAUGCUGUCUAAUCAGCAUUUCAAUAUGCCACCUGUGAAGUGAAUGGAUUAGCUUGGGAAUGUUACAAACUGGUGUUCAAACACUAACCCGUUCACUCGUCUGAGCAGCACGUACUAAUGGCUUCACUAACACAGAUUUAGACUUUUUUUAGAUUUGUGCACAAUAUUUAAGAGGAUUAGGCCUUUUGUGUACAUGUAAAAAGUCUUAGAUCUUCAAGUUGAUGUCAUGACAAAUGGGAGCAAAAAUUGUUCAUAUUUUUGUACAGUCGUAUAGUUUUCAUUGUGUCCUAAACCCGCUGGUAACCUACAUUUAGUUUUGUUUUUGUUUGACGAAAGGGUGGAAUAUUUGUAAUUUAUUUACUAAUGCAACAUGUAACACUGAUACUGUACAUUAGCUCUGUACACUUAAAAACUUUCUUAAGUUGAGAAUUUCCUGAAUGUAUACAGUAUAUAAUAUACUAAGAAAGAAGAGUACACUUGACAUGAUUAUAUUAUAGCUCUAUAUUAUUUGCUAAAGUAUAAAGUAAAUUUUGCGUCAGAAAUAGUAAUUUAUUUACUGAUUAUUUGAUUCUUCAGUAUCAAAAUUGUUUUAUGAAAUCAGCAUUUCAAAACAUUUCAAAACAUGCUUUAUGUUAAUAUUUAAAAUCAAAAUUCAUAUAUAGUGUGUGUAUGAAAAUAUAUAUAGUGUUUGCUUUUUUAUCAUCUUAGUCUUUAGUCAUAUUUUACAAGCAUUACAAGUGGUCCUUUUAUUUGUAAAUUAACUCAAAUCUUUUAAUGAAUCAAGUGGAGUUAGAGGUUUUUUUUUGUCUAUUUUAAUGACCUUUGGCUUUGUCUCCUACUUUCAUAAUAAUUGCUGCCAUACUGUACCAAUGUAAAAAUUAAGGUUUAGUUGUAUCUUUUAAAAUUAACUGUGACUUCGAUGAUUCUAACCUCAAACCUUUGAACAUAUGAAAUUUAUAUAUCGACAUUUUGAUCACCUAAUUGUACUGCUUAUAAAAACAGAAACAGCAUAAUGGUUUUACACUUGACAAAUUAGAUGAUUUGUUAUGGUGGUAUGUAAUUCUUUUUUUAAAUUCACAUUAUUGAUAUUGUAAGAUUUGACUCAGCCUAUUCAUUGUGAUGUUUCAUGUUCUGUUGUUAUACUAAUAGUUUGCGCUGUAUAUGUAAUUUUAAAUAAUUUAGAAAUACUUUCAAAGUUAUAUGCAUAAUUCUGCUGAACACAGUUUUUGAUGCCAUUUUUCAGUCCUGUAGGUGGGGAUUCUGGCUUAGUUUAAAUAAAAAAAAUAAACUACAGAAAUGUAAAAACACUA